AUGCGUCCGAAGAUUCGUUUAACGCCAUGCGUCAGUUGUGGAUUACAGCACUACUCGACGGGUGCGACGAACGUUACCUAUCAGCAGCAUAAAACUGGUCGUGAAGAAAGAGCUGCAGUACUUGGAAAACACGAUGGAUUCCGUGGUUGCACAAUUUGGUUCACAGGACUGUCUGGAGCCGGAAAGACAACGAUUGCGUUUGCCGUCGAGAAGAUCCUGACCCAGGUUGGUUUUCCCUAG